AUGUCGAGAUCGCCAACGUUGAUAAAGGGUUGGAGUGAUGUAUGCGUCAUUGGCGAUGAAAAAGUUGGUAAAACUGCAAUGAUACACUUGUUAACUCAAGGUUACUACGAUAUCAAUACGAAAUAUGAACCUACCCUGGAAGAUAGUUAUAUUUUACACGUAGCAUCAUCUCUAUCCGUGGAUAAAAUUAAAUUGAAGUUACUGGAUACAGCUGGAAGCAACAUCUCUUAUCAUCACAAGCGAUUACCUCGACAUUUUAUCGAUCAAUGCGCUGGCUUUAUAAUCAUGUACAGUGUGGAUAGGCUUGAAUCAUUCAAUAUUGCUAAAAUGUUGGUACAAGAAAUUAAAAGCGUUCGAAAAGAGAACGAUUGUGCAAUAAUAGUGUUGGGUAAUAAAACGGACUUAAUCCAAUACAGAUGCGUCUCACGAGAAGAUUUACAGCUACUUUGCAAUGAAGAAAAUGUCUAUGGCGAUGAAGUUACGGUUACCGAUAAAAGCACUUUCCGCGCUCCUUUAAGUCAUAUGGUUGAUGAUAUUUUCAAAUGCAUUAACGAAGAAAGUGAGCGCGAUAUAGCCAAGAAAAGAGGCGUAGUACAUCGUAAAUUUUCUGAUCUCUUCUGA